AUGUUAGAGAAAGGUUAUGCAAAACAAAUUGAUAAGAAUACAGAAAGAUCUAGAAUAUGGUAUGUACCAAUUUUCGGAAUUUAUAAUAUUAAUAAGCCAAAUAAAGUCCGUGUGGUUUUUGAUUGUGCUGCAAAAACAAAUGGAAUAAGCUUAAAUGAUCAACUUGAUGCAGGUCCAGAUUUGCUUAGACCAUUGCCAGGAAUUUUAAUUAGAUUUAGGCAAUACGCAGUAGCAAUAAAAAGCGAUAUUUCAGAUAUGUUUUUAAGAGUUAAAAUUAUUGAACAUGACAAAGCGAUAAGAUAUUUAUAUCGAGGGAGAGAUAGACAUAGAGAACCCGAUGAAUUUGAAUGUACUUGCCUGAUUUUUGGUGCUGCAUCGUCACCAACAUCUGCCAUUUUUAUUAAAAAUAAAAACGCACAGAGAUAUGCGAAAUCUAAACCUCUUGCAGUUCAAGGUAUAAUCGAUGACAGUUACAUGGAUGAUUUAAUUUCAAGUCAAAAAUCAGACAGCACAGCGGUCGAAUUUAUUCAAGGUGUAAUAAAAAUUAAUUCUGAAGCAGGUUUCCAAAUGCACGGUUGGGCUAGCAACAAAUCCGAAGUAAUAAAUAAAGCUCUAAAUAUUGAAGAUUCGCCGAAAAGUGGUCAAACAUCUCUCGGAAAAACUGAAAAUGAAAGGGUUCUUGGAAUGUAUUGGGAUACGGAGACGGAUGAAUUAAAAUUUAACGUAAAACUUGCAAAAAUUCCUAUACAAAUUUUACGCGGACAAAGAAUACCAACGAAACGCGAAGUAUUAAGUGUAAUUAUGUCCAUUUACGAUCCUCUCGGCUUGAUAGCACCUUUCACGUUAAAAUCUAAAGUAUUAAUGCAGGCUAAUCAUCGAAGCGGAAUUCACUGGGACGAUAAAUUGAGAGAAGAAGAGUAUACUUCUUGGUUAAUUUGGCUAUCAGAAACCGAAAAAAUAAAACAUUGUAAAAUUAAUCGAUGUUACACUCCCUCAGGUACCAAUGAAGAAGCGCAGCUUCAUGUUUUUUGCGACGCAAGUAUGAUAGCUUUCGCAGCAGCGGCAUAUUUGCGCUUUGAAAAACAUGACGGAAAGGCGCAUGUUGCUUUAGUCAUGACAAAAAAUAGAACGGCAUCUUUGAAACGAGAAACUAUUCCGCGAUUAGAACUUCAAGCAGCAUUAUUAGGAGCUAGACUAGCAAAUUUUUUAAAAAAUGAACUUAGAAUUAAAAUUACUCGUCGCGUUUUUUGUUCGGAUUCAUCUACUGUAAUUCAGUGGAUUAGAUCAGAGCCCCGUGAACAUAAUAUAUUUGUUGCUAAUCGUUUAGGGGAAAUUGCUGAACUUACACAAAGCUCUGAAUGGAAAUGGGUACCGACUGCAGACAAUCCAGCGGACGAUGCUACGCGACUAGAAAAUGAUGCAUUGAGAUUAAAUAGUCGAUGGUUUAAUGGACCAAGUUUUUUAUCUCAAAAUGAAAAAACAUGGCCGGCAGAAAGUUUUCCAGAAGAAUUGCAAAAAUUAAAACACGGAGAGUCAAUAAAUAAACAGAGUAAAAUAGCCAUAUUAAAUCCAUAUGUAGAUAAAAAUCAAAUUUUACGAGCUAGUGGUCGAGUGACUUUAUUACUCGGAGAUUUUAAUAACGAACCUAUUAUUUUAAAUGGAAAACAUUCAGCGGUGAAGAAUUUAAUUACGCAUUUUCAUAGAAAAUAUUAUCAUAGCAGCUCCAAUACUGUAAUAAAUGAAUUACGUUAA